AUGAUUAACCAUGGUUUGUAUGUAUUAUUAAAUAAUAUCUUUUAGGUUAGUAAUCUUUUAUCAAUAUGUAUUUUAGGAUCCUUGAUUAAAUUAUUUAAAAUAACAUCAUUAAAAGAUGCCCUUUAAUUUUUUAUACCCAUUAUGAUUGUGGAUAUAUUUUGUUCUAUUUAUUUAAGUUAAACAGUCAGAUAUGAAUGGGAUAGUGUUGCAUUAAGAUACUUCAAUACUCCACUUUCAGCAUAAUUUCCUUAUUUUCGUUAUAUUUACAAAAAAAAAUGUGCAUGGGUUUCUAUUUUCAAUUUGCUAUUUCCUGGUAAACUAUUUAUACAAAAAAUAAGGCUUCUUUUUGGGAUAUGUUAAUAGGUUUGAUAAACAUAAGUAAACAUACGUAUAUGAAAUUAUUGCUUUCUUUGGUUUAUUAGUUGGACUCAUUUUAUGGGUUCUCAUUCAAUAUAUAUUUUCAUUUCCUUUACCAACGUAAAUAAAAUAUAUUAAAAUUAGAUCUAUCUUUACCGAAGUUUUGAUGAUCCUCACUACCACCCUAGUUGCUGUUUAAAGGAAUGAAUUCAAUAUUUUUUAUUCUGGUAACUUUUAUGAUCAGAUACUUAUGGAUCCAUUCAAAAAUGAUGUUGCACUUUAAGAACCAACGACGUUAGAAAUGUUUGGAUUAGGAGCUACUACUUAAGUAAUUAAGAAGGACACUACAUAAUAAUAAGAUUUAGUCUAUAGAGGAGAAUAAGGAUUAGUUUUAAAUAGUCAACUUUUUGUAGGUUUGGCUUCAAUUAAUCGUCCAUAAUAAUAAAGCAUUCUAUAAUUCAAAUAAUAAAACCAUUACCAUAAUUUUUGA